AUGCAUCACAGUGUUUCUGGGGAUGAGAUCCAAACGCUGAUGAAACGAGAGGAUCUGAAGCACUGCUCCCCAACACCCCCCCAUCAUUCAGGCUCCCCAACACCCCCCCAUCAUUCAGGCUCCCCAACACCCCCCCAUCAUUCAGGCUCCCCAACGCCCCACCAUCAUUCAGGCUCCCCAACACCCCCCCAUCAUUCAGGGCUCCCCAACACCCCCCCAUCAUUCAGGCUCCCCAACACCCCCCCCAUCAUUCAGGCUCCCCAACACCCCCCCAUCAUUCAGGUUCCCCAACACCCCCCCAUCAUUCAGGCUCCCCAACACCCCCCCAUCAUUCAGGCUCCCCAACACCCCUCCAUCAUUCAGGCUCCCCAACACCCCCCCAUCAUUCAGGUUCCCCAACACCCCCCCAUCAUUCAGGCUCCCCAACACCCCCCCAUCAUUCAGGCUCCCCAACACCCCCCCAUCAUUCAGGCUCCCCAACACCCCCCAUCAUUCAGGCUCCCCAACACCCCUCCAUCAUUCAGGCUCCCCAACGCCCCCCCAUCAUUCAGGCUCCCCAACACCCCCCCAUCAUUCAGGCUCCCCAACACCCCCCCCAUCAUUCAGGCUCCCCAACACCCCCCCAUCAUUCAGGCUCCCCAACACCCCCCCAUCAUUCAGGCUCCCCAACGCCCCCCCAUCAUUCAGGCUCCCCAACGCCCCCCCAUCAUUCAGGUUCCCCAACACCCCUCCAUCAUUCAGGUUCCCCAACACCCCCCCAUCAUUCAGGCUCCCCAAACACCCCCCCAUCAUUCAGGUUCCCCAACACCCCCCCAUCAUUCAGGCUCCCCAACACCCCCCCCAUCAUUCAGGUUCCCCAACACCCCCCCAUCAUUCAGGUUCCCAACCCCCCCCCAUCAUUCAGGCUCCCCAACACCCCUCCAUCAUUCAGGCUCCCCAACACCCCUCCAUCAUUCAGGUUCCCCAACACCCCCCAUCAUUCAGGCUCCCCAACACCCCCCCAUCAUUCAGGUUCCCCAACACCCCCCCCAUCAUUCAGGCUCCCCAACACCCCCCCAUCAUUCAGGCUCCCCAACGCCCCACCAUCAUUCAGGCUCCCCAACACCCCCCCAUCAUUCAGGCUCCCCAACGCCCCCCCCAUCAUUCAGGUUCCCCAACCACCCCCCCAUCAUUCAGGCUCCCCAACACCCCCCCAUCAUUCAGGCUCCCCAACACCCCCCCAUCAUUCAGGUUCCCCAACACCCCCCCAUCAUUCAGGCUCCCCAACACCCCCCCAUCAUUCAGGCUCCCCAACACCCCUCCAUCAUUCAGGCUCCCCAACACCCCCCCAUCAUUCAGGCUCCCCAACACCCCCCCAUCAUUCAGGUUCCCCAACACCCCCCCCAUCAUUCAGGCUCCCCAACACCCCCCCAUCAUUCAGGUUCCCAACACCCCCCCAUCAUUCAGGUUCCCCAACACCCCCCCAUCAUUCAGGCUCCCCAACACCCCUCCAUCAUUCAGGCUCCCCAACACCCCUCCAUCAUUCAGGUUCCCCAACACCCCCCCCAUCAUUCAGGCUCCCCAACACCCCCCCAUCAUUCAGGUUCCCCAACACCCCCCCAUCAUUCAGGCUCCCCAACACCCCCCCAUCAUUCAGGCUCCCCAACGCCCCACCAUCAUUCAGGCUCCCCAACACCCCCCCAUUCAUUCAGGCUCCCCAACGCCCCCCCAUCAUUCAGGUUCCCCAACACCCCCCCAUCAUUCAGGCUCCCCAACACCCCCCCAUCAUCAGGCUCCCCAACACCCCCCCAUCAUUCAGGUUCCCCAACACCCCCCCCAUCAUUCAGGCUCCCCAACACCCCCCCAUCAUUCAAGCUCCCCAACGCCCCCCCAUCAUUCAGGCUCCCCAACACCCCUCCAUCAUUCAGGCUCCCCAACGCCCCCCCAUCAUUCAGGCUCCCCAACACCCCUCCAUCAUUCAGGCUCCCCAACACCCCUCCAUCAUUCAGGCUCCCCAACACCCCCCCAUCAUUCAGGCUCCCCAACACCCCCCCAUCAUUCAGGCUCCCCAACACCCCCCCAUCAUUCAGGCUCCCCAACACCCCCCCAUCAUUCAGGCUCCCCAACACCCCCCCCAUCAUUCAGGCUCCCCAACACCCCCCCAUCAUUCAGGCUCCCCAACGCCCCCCCAUCAUUCAGGUUCCCCAACACCCCCCCAUCAUUCAGGCUCCCCAACACCCCCCCAUCAUUCAGGCUCCCCAACGCCCCCCCAUCAUUCAGGUUCCCCAACACCCCCCCAUCAUUCAGGCUCCCCAACACCCCCCCCAUCAUUCAGGCUCCCCAACGCCCCCCCCAUCAUUCAGGCUCCCCAACACCCCCCCAUCAUUCAGGCUCCCCAACACCCCCCCAUCAUUCAGGCUCCCCAACGCCCCCCCAUCAUUCAGGUUCCCCAACACCCCCCCAUCAUUCAGGCUCCCCCAACACCCCCCCCAUCAUUCAGGUUCCCCAACACCCCCCCCAUCAUUCAGGCUCCCCAACGCCCCCCCCAUCAUUCAGGUUCCCCAACGCCCCCCCAUCAUUCAGGCUCCCCAACACCCCCCCCAUCAUUCAGGCUCCCCAACGCCCCCCCCAUCAUUCAGGCUCCCCAACGCCCCCCCCAUCAUUCAGGCUCCCCAACACCCCCCCAUCAUUCAGGCUCCCCAACACCCCCCCCAUCAUUCAGGCUCCCCAACACCCCCCCAUCAUUCAGGCUCCCCAACGCCCCCCCCAUCAUUCAGGCUCCCCAACGCCCCCCCAUCAUUCAGGCUCCCCAACACCCCCCCAUCAUUCAGGUUCCCCAACACCCCCCCAUCAUUCAGGCUCCCCAACGCCCCUCCAUCAUUCAGGCUCCCCAACACCCCCCCCAUCAUUCAGGAUUAA